CCAGCCAGCCCAUGGUACCUGCCUAUUACUCCUUAUCAGCCUUUGCUGUUCCAACAAUAACCUUUCUUAUCCGUAGGAGAAAGGAAUAUCCGAAUCCGAUUAACACGCAAAAUGAAUGUAGCCGCCGAAGCAUUAUUGCCUCAGGCGGGCUAAAAUACACGGACGUCUUUUCGACUUACAUCGAACAUCGUCGCUGCGGUGAUAAACAUAAAUUUUGCCAUCUAUUCAGUCUUGUUCUCCAAAUGUACUAUUUACGUUUAUCUAUCUUUAUCUGUUUGAUAUCUGUACACGAUUGCCGACAUGGAUAGAAUGAUCAUCAGCCUCCUGCCAACAUCAUAUGCCCUGGGAUGGAGUCUUGCACUCUUGCUCUUAAUCUUUGCAUGGCUGCUGCCAAAGAAGAACUCGGUACCAGAUCCUCGAGAACCACCGGUAUUUCCACCAACGAUACCAAUAAUCGGCCAUAUCAUACGAAUGUGGCUUGAUGGAGGGGGCUACUACAUGGAGAUUCAUCGUCGUGUGGGCACCAAGACCCAUGCAGUGACGAUGAGAAUCAUGGGCCAAAAAUUUUACGUCCUCUUGUCGCCCGCUCACGUUCAAUUCGCCUUCCGAAAUCGCUCUCUCACGUCAGAGCGGUUCAAUGUCCAAGCGGCCACCGGUGUUGCUGGUCUCAGUGCGCAGGCCAAGCAUCUACUCGAACAGGGUGACCUCCUUCGAGACUUUUACAGGAACAUACCGCUCGCCAUGGCUCCGGAACCAUUACGAAACAUGACAUCGACGGCACUCACGACCUUGUCAGCGGACAUCAAUGAAAUUGCUGAUUUCCAUUGCGACGACAAACUUCAACCUCUAGAUCUAUACGAGUUUCUGCGCAACAGACUCGUUCUAGCUACAACAGAUGGGCUUUACGGGAGAAAUACAAAUCCUUUGCGAACGAAGCCGGGGCUGGUGGAAGACGUCUGGACUUUCGACAGGGCCAUGUUCACCCUUUUCUUCAAUAUCGCGCCCAGAAUUACGGCACCGGCAGGACACAAAGCCCGCAGCCGCAUACAAAAGGCUCUCAUCUCGUACUUCCAGACCUGUCCCGAUGACCAGAGUUUCCCAGAUGAUGCGGCAGAACUAACGCGUAUGCGCGCACGUCUUCUCCGUGCGUACGGCAUGGCUGACAUUGACGUGGGAAACAUGGAAAUCGGCAUGAUUAAUGCCGCGGUCGCAAACACUGCGCCAAUACUUUUCUGGAUGGUUGUCAACAUCUUCUCAAGGCACCAUGUCCUGGCCCACGUGCGUGCCGAAGUUGACCAAUUGGUUCAAAUCAGCGGCGGCAAUGAGAAGACGGCCACUCUGUGUGCAUCUCAAGUGACAGACCGCAAUGUCUGUCCCUACGUGGCAGCCGUGAACAGCGAAGUCAUGCGGCUGUGUGACUCGGUGACCGCGACCCGCUUUGUGGACGAGGAUGUUAUCCUGCCGGACGGCACGCUCUUGAAAGCAGGAGCGAUUGUGCAUAUGCCCUCGGCGGUUGCACACAGGAUGGCUGAUGCGUGGGGACCAAAAGAUCCUGAACAGUUCGACCCCAGUCGAUCAUUCCACUAUCACUACAAAAGUUCUACCGAGAAAACAUCCGGAUUUGACCAAUCCUCUGCGCAGAGAAAGGCAUUCUGGCCGUUUGGCGGGGGCAAGCAUCUCUGCCCUGGCCGAAACUUCGCAUUUGCCGAGAACGUAACUUUCGUUUCGGCUCUUGCAGUUGGCUUCGAGAUUGACGGCCUCGACGUCGACAACAUACCCCAGUGCGGUUUCGCUAACCUGACUGGACAGAGUGUUCCUAAGCCUGGGCAGUCCGCAAGAGUCACAUUCCGCCGACGGGAAGGCUGGGAAAAUGUGACAUGGCGGCUGCUUGCAUGACUCGGAAUGACUCGGACUCUCCGAGGUGUCUGUGCAACUCGCACUACUCAGGGAUCGCCAGUUUUAGAGUCUGGAUAAAAUUGAACAUGACUCUUUGCAACUAAAUUUAAUUAAAACCGUGCCUCAACAGAA